CAUUCGCGUUAAAUCAAUUUAAAAAAGAUCACCAUGCGAAUGUGUCUUUUUAUGACAACAAUUUUGGGAUCUCUGACGGUGAUCCUCAGCCAUGUGACGUUCACCAAUCUAAAGUGCGCUACAAAGGAUAUCAAGUUCGCAAACUUUUCAAAGUGUUACAUAAAAGCGGUGAAUCGUACUCAUAAAUAUAUGGACCUUCAUGUAAAUCUCUAUCAAAAAAAUGUGGAUAAUGUCACAGUAAAGGUGAAAUUAAUGCGACAGGAUCAUGGCUUUAAGCCAUUUCUCGUUGAUGUCACCAUUGAUGCUUGCAAGUUCCUUAAAAACCAACGGCAACCGAUGGUGAAAAUGUUAUUUGAUAUGUACAAGAGAAGUUCCAAUCUCAAUCACACAUGUCCGUACAAUCACGAUAUAAUUGUGGACCACCUUUGGACUGGACACCUUGAGGGGGAUGUUUUAAAAUACAUCCCUUUAAAAUAUGGCGAUUAUGCUAUCUUUUCGGAAUGGUCUGCGUAUAAUACUGUGCGAGCAAUUGUAAAUAUAUACAUAAGGCUUUCGGAAACAAUUAAGUAG